AUGAUGGCAAAACAAAAAUUCACUGAUAUUUCAAAUAUGUUUAAAAUUACAUUGCUGGCGAGCGGAUUUUACAAGAAAAUGGACCCAUACGCUUAUAGCGCAAUUGGUAACGGCGGCUUUCGAGCUCCUCCUCAGAAUCAAGGUUAUUCUUAUGGUUGGGGUAAUUCGUCUGUUCCUGCCGCAGCAGUUCCGCAAAACUUUCGAAGCACCCCAAAUUUUGCAGCCGCCCGUGGUUACGGGGAUGCACCAAAGAUGCCAAAAGCUCAAUUCGCUCAGAAUCGUGCUGGGGUUGGUUAUGGUCGAUGGGUAACUCCUGGGGGUGUACGUCAGGGUGCUGGAGACGGUGGAAGUUUUCCGAAGAAAGCCUGGUCCCAGCCACCUUUUGGGCAGAACUUCUUCAAGAAGGCGGCAAAGAAGGAAACAGAUCCAACAGGAAAGACACCAGCGAUGCUCCUCCAUGAGGUGUUCAAAGAGAUCUCAGAAAAUUACGAAGAGGUAGCUUCGCAUCCGAAGGCUUACCGUUGCAUCUUAACGGUCGCCGGACAACAAUUUGCAAUGGUGGCACCUGCUAAGAAGACUGCAAAACAAAAAACUGCGGAGAUGGCUCUCCGGGCUCUCCGACCCGACUUAAAUGUUACACCGUUCGAGGACGGAGUAACAGUGCAGCCAGUUACGGCUGAAGGCACCAUGCCUCUUCAAGCGCUACCGCGACCAGCGAAAUCCGAGGGAGAGGAUGCGCCUCCUGCAAAGAAAAUCAAGUUGAACGCACUGGAGUCGGCUUUGUCGCUGCUCGAUUGUAUGAGAAAAUUGUGUGCGGAACGAGUAUCAGAGGGCCCGUUCAAUCCAGUCUUUGACAUCACUGACAUCACUGAAAGCGCUUCGACUACUGGCGACAAAAGGAAAUUCAGAGCUACGUUGACCUUUGCUGAACAAGGGAAAAUUUACACACAUGAAGGUUUCGGAAAAAUGUCGACAAGAGAUGUUGUUGUUCGAGAGGCGCUUUUAGACCUCUUUAAUGUUCCGCAGACUGAAAUCCGCCGAAUUGUUCGACGUCAUUUGAUGGGAAAAUUAACAGAUAUGCCUAUCAUUCAGACUUUGUACCAGGUCGCUCAUCUGUGUGGCUGCGAGGUCACGUUCAAGGUAGACAUCGCCACCGAUCAGAAGGCGGUUGGGCACGCUGCGCCGACUUUUGUCGCCGUCUGCACUCUCACCGAUCAUUCCAUGGACGACAAAAAGGUGGAGUUCACGUCUCCUCCUAGUCGCUCAAAACACGAAGCGAAGGAAUACGCUGCACACGAAUUGCUAAGGUCCCAUUUCGACAUCGAUCCUCCGGCCGUAUCGGCAGAGCGACCUCCUGUUGUAGAGCAGCCCGUUCCGCCAUGUCAGAAACUUCAUGUGCUACUUGCUAAGCAGAACAGAUCGGUUACCCCAAACAUCAAGUAUGAGGACCUGGGCCUUGCGGAUGAGUCAGUAAAUCAAAUGGGGACUAUUUUCAAGAGCAAACUCAUCAUCAACGACAAAGAGGAAUUCAUCGGUAGCGGAAAAUCGAAAAAGGCAGCAAAGAACGAUGCUGCGAUGAUGGCUUUGAAGAAGAUAUUUAUGUUUGAUUACAACAAUCCCGAAUCUGAACCUGUGAUCGAGACAGUUCCAAGGGGUAGGCGUUCUGGGAAAAAUGGGAACACACAGUUAUGUUUUGAUGUUGCUGAGUAUGCAAAGCGUGAGUACUACAGUAUGUGUAACUUUUAUGCUGUUAAGCAUAGUACCGAAGUGGCAGCAUUUUUCUUGGUUAAUGAGUUAGACGAAAAACGUCUUGUGGCGAUUGGUUCAUCACGUCCUGGGGCAGUCGACGGCCAGACGGUCGGUACCGCCCGUGGUACAGCGAUCAUUCACUUUGAUCCUAUUAUAUUAGCGAGACGGUCGUUAAUAAGGUAUCUUAUCAACGAAGUGGGCAAAGUUGGAGAUCCUAAAUGUAUCUUUGUUCCUUCUGAGGAUGGUAUGUUACGUUUGAACGAAGGCUUGCGGCUAGUGCUAUAUGCAACCUAUGCGCCGAAUUGCUCGUACAGCUGCAAAGAAGCAUCAGUGAAGAAAUUGAGCGUGCUAGGACCGAGCCAUCUAAUUCCCGCUCCAGAUGAGGUGCAGACUUUGACCGACAUUCAGCAGACUGGACGACUAAGCGUUCACUGUGCAGCUGAUAAAAUCUUCAAAUGGAGCAAACUUGGUGUCCAAGGAGCGCUCCUAUCCACGGUUAUGCAUCCAAUCCUACCGCAUUCCAUCUUUUUCGGAAGCCAGGCACCUGUCAGUGAUGCUUCGCUUCUGUUUGCUUUGUUUGGCAGGAUCGAACCGCCGCAGAAUCCUUGCAAAGUCGAAUCCAUUAAGAACAAUAUCAUACUGUCAUCAUCGCCGGCACAUGUAUGGACUCGUGACAUGGAGCACGUGGAGAUGCUAAAUAUUGACUCGGGAAGGACUAACAAAGGAUCACCAUCCAGGUUGUGCAAAGCUGCGAUCUAUGAGGCAUUCCUCAAGUUGGCUCCAGAAGGGCUGAAAUGCAGCACAUAUAUGGAGGCGAAGCAAAAAGCCGUAGCAUACAAUGAGGCGAAACGUGUGCUCUAUGAACAAAUGGAAGCUGCUGGACUUGGAAAAUGGCAAACGAAACCGUCGAAAUUGGUGGAUUUCAGCUUGGAUUCGUUUGACGUCUAG